GCAGACAUGAGAGUAACACUACAGUUGUUGCGGUCCAAGGCGUCUAGGCCACUCAGCUCUGUGCAGUUUUUGGACCUGUCGAACCUUGAAAUUCUAAGUAUUGAACGUCUUGGAAGUUGUCCCAGGGUGAAGCAUCUGAUAUUGCAUGGCAAUAAUUUACAAUCUGUUAGUAACCUGGAUUGUUGCCAUCAGCUUUGGAACCUUGAUGUCAGCAACAAUGAUAUCCGAUGUUUGGUUGGCCUUUCCCGUUUCAUGGCCUUGGGAUCACUUGUGCUUGCGAAUAACGACCUCACAUGGUCAGAGCUGGCAAAGAUCAAGCAUCUUCAUAUCCUACAGCUCACUUUACUUGGAAACCCCAGAUUAGAGAGAGAUCCCUUCUACCGAAUACAUGUCAUUGACUGUUUACCCCAUGUGUGGAUGUUGGAUGGAAAGCUCAUUACAUCUACGGAAAGGCUGCAGGUUGAACAUUUCUUUCAAGCCUCCUCACUUUCCAGUCAUCCAGUGAGACACAAACUACCCAAGGACAGAUUCAUCCCUUCCUCCCUUAAGAACAUCAAUGUAACUGGUAUCUACGGUGAUAAGGCUACUCAUUUGCUUCGGAGAUUUCAAGCUGAUGCAACAAUUAACAGUGAGACAGACAAAAGACGAAUGAUGUACCUGGCCUACAAUCUACAGCAAGACAUAUUUUUGUUAAAGAGAUCCACAAAGAAGGUGUUACCUGCGCUCAAGUUUCAUGCAACUUUUAUGGAGACGAUUUUAACAGCUAGACCCAAAUGCCUAGAACAGUGCAAUAUGCUGCUUCUCUUACUAGCGGCUUCUUUAGAGUUUUCCCUGCCAGCUCAUUUAAUGAAAGCAACGUUAGAGGCAUCAAAGUUGGACAGGAUUGGGGAGGUGAAUACCAUGGACCUUUUCCUCUUACCACGAGAUGUGCGCUGUCAUGUGAUCACUAUUCUGAUGAAUGCUGUCAAGGUCGAUAAAGACAGUGGCCUGGAUGGAGGGUUGUAUGGUACCCUGUAUCACUGCCUUGAUCAUUCUGUAUCAGAAUUGUACAGAAUACGUUAUCGAUGCCAACCAGUCCCUGCCAGAUCUCUUAUGGCCUCACAGUAUAAGGAUUACAAGUGCCUUCUGGCUUCAGAGGUUGUUCAGUUACUCUGUAUUGUGCCUGCAUUCUUCCAGUAUUUGGACAAAGAUGAAGGUGUAAAGGGUCUAUUGAUGGCAGCUGCGAAGAACUCCAAAAUAACCGAUGAAAUCCUGGUGGUAGGCAAAACAGCCAAAUCGUCAGGGGCCACGGUGAAAGAGAUAUGUGAGCGAGUUGCUGGAUUCAUUGUGGAAAAAGUUGAAGUACAGAUGGAAAACAUUGUGAAUAAGAAAGUCAGACUGUUUGGUGCAGAUAAAGUUUUCAGUGAGACGCGGGCAUUGCCUAAGAAGCGGCCAAAUUCUGUUGUUUUAGCAGACUAUCACAUGACAGGAAAGCGACCACCUGAGAAAGAAUCUCCCAAGUUACACCCACCUCCCUACCACGGACCUCUAGACACGACAGUAUUUCCACAUUUGGGGGACAGGGUAUUGCUGGGGCCUCAGACUGUAGCAAAGGUAGUGGCAUUGCCUCAGCCUUUCUUAGCCCUUGUCCAAAUGGAUACUGUUCCAGAUGUGAAUGGAGCAAUGGUGACCUGUGUGAAGAAGGCUGACUUCCACUACACCUAUGUGGACAUGACUCACUUCCAGUGGCGCUUCACCACUGGCAUCUGGAAACCCAAGGGUACUAUUGGAGACCGAAUAACAAUUCAGAGACUGGGCACUCGCUGGCAAGAGUUGGAGGAAGCAGGCUGUUUACCAUACGAGAGUGAAGUGUUCAGUCGACCUAACUCUCCAGUGUCACCGAGGCAUGAACUGGGUAUGAUCAAGAAGAGGACACCUAACCAGGAAACAGGCACUACAAUGAAGCAUACAUAUGCGGUGAGGCCACGGCCAAUGUCUGCUGUGCUGAAAGAGAAGCUGAAAUUGAACCUCAACAUUGACCAGUCCAAGCGGCCAAAGUCUGCUAUGGUGAAAAGAAGCAGGCCUGAAUCACCUGACCAAUCCGAUGAUGACCAGGAGCACUUCCUGGAUACCCUGAUAGAGAAAAGCCGUUUAACUGAAGAGUCGGAUGGUCAGAUUGAUGUGCCACAGGUUAAAAUAAGUCCUUCAGCUGAUGUCACUCUGGAUACAAUAGAAGAUGCUUCAUGCCAGGUAAAGGCAGCCCCCCAAAAUACUGAAGAUAAGGCUUAUGUUAAAACAGACAGAGAUCCAAGGUUGCCAAGCCCCUCUCCAGAAGAAUGCCUCAGUGACUUUGAUGAGAUUGUCACCAUCAGUAAAGAUCCCUUACCGAAAGAUUUUAGUGAUGAAAACUGUGCUAUAAAUCCAUGCUCUAGCCUUGAGAGCAAUUUGGAUGAACUGCGUUCAUUAAGAACUCAAAAUAAAGUGGCUGCCAUGAGAAGGGAGACAGUUGGUGGAACUAUUGAUGAGGAAAGAGUUUUUUCUCCUCGACCUCAACAAGUUGCCAUCAGCCUGCCUAGAGUUGAGCAGUCAGAGAGUUUGAACACAUCAAAAGAUGAGAGUUUCUCUGCGGUGGAGUCAGAAGGCUGUCAUGACCAGAGGUAUUCGUCCAGACCCAUGUCUGUUGUCCUACCCGGGCAGGAUUCUAGGGUUAUGGUGAAUGUACUGGAGAGUCGACCAUAUAGUGCAGUGGAGGCCUACAAGUUUGUUGUGGCUCACCCAGCGAAGGGUUACCAGAGCUGUCAAACUUCCCUACCACACAAGUCUUACAUUAGGAGGAAAAGUGCCCCAGCGUCGCGGUGGAGACAACCCGUACAUCUCUCACAAACGCAACAGGCCUUCUCACGUCCCUCAACAGCCAUGUACAGGUCAUUGUCUCCUGAACCAAAGGAUACCAAGCAAGGCCAGUUUCAUGUGCUGAAGACUGACAACUGGCUGGCAAAUGGCCGGGAUGUGUACAAAGAGAUGCAAGACAAGAGACCAAAGUCUGGUCAUGCCCCUGGGUGGAAGGAAGAGUUGUUAAGGAGCAGAAGAUCUCGACCCCACUCCAAGACAACUUGUCCUGUAACCCCACAAACAUCCAGAGACUGGCAUAAUAAUUCGGCUUGGAUCCCAUUAACUCUGGCCCAUAAUGAUUUUCUACAAGAAGGAUCCCCAAGAGACUCUUUACAACUGCCAGAGCUACCAUCUCUGUCUGAUUACCUGGGUUCAGCACGGGAAACACAGCAUUAUCUUUGAGCUGUGCUGUCUGUCUGUCUGAUUACCUGGGCUCAGCAUGGAAAACACAGCAUCUUAUGAGCUGUGCUCUCUGUCUGAUUGCCUGAACUCAGCAUGGGAAACACAGUAUUAUGUUUGACCUGUACUGUCUAACUGGUUACCUGGUCUCUUCAUGGAAAGAACAGUAUUAUUUUUGAUCUCUACUGUCUGUCUGAAUACUUCAGGUCUUCAUGGGAAACAGAGUAUUAUCUUUGAGAUGUUCUGUCUGUUUGUCUGAUUACCUGAACUCAGCACGAAGAACACAAUAUUAUCUACAUCAGUUCUGUCUGUCUGACCACCUGAAGUUAGUGUGGGAAACACAGUGUUAUGUUUGAACUGUACUGUCUGCAUGAUUACCUGAACUCAGCGUGGGAAACACAGUAUCACCUGUGAGAUGUUCUGUCUCUCUGAUUAUCUGAACUCAGCAUGGGAAACACAAUAUUAUGUUUGAGAUGUUCUGUCUCUCUGAUGAUCUCAACUCAGCAUGUGAAACACAAUAUUAUGUUUGAGCUGUACUGUCUAACUGGUUACCUGGUCUCUUCUUGGGAAGAACAGUAUUAUUUUGAUCUGUACUGUCUGUCUGAUUACCAGAACUUCAGUAUGGGAAACACAGUAUCACCUUUGAGAUGUUCUGUCAGCAUGAUUACCUGAACUCAGCAUGGGAAACACAGUAUUAUCUCUGAACUGUACUGUCUAACUGAUUGCCUGGGCUUUUCAUGGGAAACACAGUAUUAUAUUUGAGCUGCACUGUCCGAUUACCUGAACUCAGCAUGGGAAACACAUUGUCACCUUUUGAAAUGUUCUGUCUCUCUGAUGAUCUGAACUCAACAUGCAAAACACAGUAUUAUCUUUGAGCUGCACUGUCUGCAUGAUUACCUGAACUCAGCAGGGGAAACACAGUAUUAUGUUUGAAAUGUUCUGCCUGCAAGAUUACCUGAACUCAGUAUGGAAAAAAAACCCAGGGCAUUUUAUGGGAAACACAGUAUUAUCUUUGAGAUGUUCUGUCUCUCUGAUGAUCUGAACUCAGCAUGGGAAACACAGUAUUAUAUUUGAGAUGUUCUGUCUGUCUGAUUACCUGAGCUUUUGAUUGGAAACACAGCAUUAUCUUUGAGAUGUUCUGUCUGCAGGAUUACCUGAACUCAGCAUGCAAAACACAUUAUUAUCUUUGAGCUGUACUGUCUGAUUCAUUGAGCUCUUCAUGGAAAACACAGUAUUAUCUUUGAGCUGUACUGUCUGUCUGAUUACCUGAGCUCUUGAUUGGAAACGCAGUAUUAUAUUUGAGCUGCACUGUCUGUCUGAUUACCUGAACUCAGCAUGCAAAACACAGUAUUAUCUUUGAGCUGUAUUGUCUAACUGAUUCAUUGAGCUCUUCAAGGAAAACACAGUAUUAUCUUUGAGCUGUACUGUCUGUCUGAUUACCUGAGCUCAGCAUGGGAAACACAUUGUCACCUUUGAGCUGUACUGUCUGCAUGAUUACCUGAACUCAGCAUGGAAAACACAGUAUUAUCUCUGAGCUGUACUGUCUGCAUGAUUACCUGAGCUCAGCAUGGGAAGCACAGUAUUAUGUUUGAGCUGGACUGUCUGACUGAUUAAAAAAUCCAGGGCUUUUCAUCGGAAACACAGUAUUAUCUUUGAGAUGUCCUGUCUCUCUGACUGAUAGAAUAAGGUUAUUUCUUGAGACUGAUUGUACUCUUUGUCCGCACUAGUUCAAAUGGUUCAAAAGCAGUAGUGGCCGUUAUGUCUGUAAGGCUUUUAUGUGUUAAAAGGUCCUUGUAUAUAAGAAACUUGGAAUCUGUUGUUUGUAGCAUCUACAAAGAGAAUAUUAUUUUAUCAGAUACCCAGAUAGAUUAUCGAUAGCAGUGUUUUUUUUUUCUGCUUUGUAAACAUCUUUGUCUGAUCCCCAGGUGUGAUGUGUAAAUAUGGUAACUUUAAGCUAACAUGAUCAGCUUGUAAAACAUUGAUUAGGUUACUUGUAUUGGAAUUUGUUUGUCAAACAUUUUUCAGUAUUUUGAGGUACUGUUUUGUGAAAUAAUGAAUCGGAAAUGUGAAUUUUUUUUUCAUUUGUAAUACAUGCAUUAAAUAUUAAUGACUUUUCUGUAUAUGUUAUGUUGGAUAGUCUGUUUGUAAAUCUCACUAUACAUGUACAUCCUGUAUAAAGCCAUGUUGUAUAUUUCUGCUGAAAUGUGACAUACAUGUAACAUGAACCAGUUUAAAGCUGAGUAAUUCUGCUGAAAUGUGACAUACCAUGAACCAGUUUAAAGCUGGGUAGUUCUGUUGAAAUGUGGUAUACAAUGAACCAGUUAAUAGCUGAGUAGUUCUGCUGAAAUGUGACAUACCAUGAACCAUUUGAUACAUGUAGCUGAGUAGUUCUGCUGAAAUGUGACAUACCAUGAACCAGUUAAUAGCUGCAGUAGUUCUGUUGAAAUGAGAGACAUUCCAUGAACCAGUACAUAGAACAUGAUACAUGUAUAUCAUAUCUCAUGUGUACAUCCUGUAUAAAGGCAUGCUGUGUAGCUCUGUUGAAAUGAGACAUUCCAUGAACCAGUGAAGAGAACAUGAUAUACAUGUACAUCCUAUAUAAAGCCAUGCUGUGAAGUUCUUUUUCUGGAGUUCUGUUUGAAAUGGGACUGCCCAUGAACCAGUUCACAUAAAUAUGAUAUAUGUACAUCCUGUAUAAAGCCAUGCUAUGUUGUUCUUUUGAAACUUGACUUUCGUGAAAUAGUACAGAGAACAUAUAUAAAAUCAUACAAAGUUGUCCUGCCUAAAUGUGACGUUCCAUGAACCAUGUAAUCGGCAACGUAGAACAUGAUAUACAUGUAGCCCAUACUGUGUAGUUCAGUUGACAUUUGGCAUUCUAUGAAUCAGUAGAUAGUAGUAUACAUACAUGAACAUGUAUGUAGAAGUAUAGAAGUAGAUCCUGUACAUUGUAUAUGCCAUAUCAAGUAGUUCUACUGAAAUGGAAUGUUUCAUGAACCAGUAUAUAGAUGUAUCUAGUUGUACAUGUAUGUUGUAUUGUUCGUGUUCUAAAUGUGAUUUAAAAUUGAUGUAUAAACCUUGUAUACCCUCUGUUGUAGUUGUGAGAUGUGUUAAAUUAAGGGCAGUAUUAAGAUGUCAUAGGCAGUGUUUUACAUUGGAAUUUUACAUUGGAACAUUGGAGUAUGUGUACAUUAUAUCACAGAAAGAAAAAAGAAAAAAAAGAGGCUCUUAAUGUGAUGUGUUUAUCUGAAACUGUGAUACCUAAAUGUGAUUGAUUUAUCUGUGAUACUCUACUAAAUCACCUAUAAUUUCAUUGAGUAUAUUUCACCAACAAAUCGCCUUUCUGUACUACAAUUCGCACUGCAGGUUGAUGAUUUGGUGAAAAAUUACAUGAAAUUAUAGGCGAUUAACUGCAGAUGUGAUACAUGUAUUUCUAACGGCAUACCCAUUCAUGAUCAUACUCCUUUAGAGUGCAUCUGCUGCUCACUGCACUCGCUUUACAUCACUGCCACUACCAGACAACCCUGACCUUUGGAGCCCGCACAAUGUAGGCUUGUUUAGUCUCGUUCUCACCUCUGGCAUCCUCUCACAGCAAUGCUCAAUCUGUAUUCAUCAGUAAAAUUGUCUCAGAUGUUAGUUGGAAUGAUAUUGUGCAUAUUUUAGAUUAAGGGAAUGCAUGUCCAUAAUAACGUAUUAUUUCAAACAAAGGGUGAGACAGACUUUUUGUGUUUUCUGACAUCACUUUCAGAGUCAUCACCUUGACCCCAAUGACCCCAGUGAUGUAAAGCAAACGUAGAGAGUGGUGCAUGCGCUGUAAGGGGUAUUGUUCAUGAUUUAUAGUUAUUUUACUGGUAAAAUGUUACACUGUGAUAUUAAUAUCAUUUUAUGUAAUUUUGCGGUGCUAUAUGCCUCAAAAUUUUAUAUUCAGUUAUCUGAUGUCCAUUAUUUCUGCAGAAUGACUUUUUCUUUUGUUCCAGUUGACUCCUGUUAUUGCUAUAUUUUUAUUUGUUUUGGAUUUUCUACUUCUGUA